ACAGUGGCACCCCGCUGUCCCGGACCUCGCUCUCCCGGAUUCUUCGGCGUCCCGGAUGAAUUCCUACGAAUUAUAAAUUUCUUCACACCAAAACCAAACCUGUUGUCCCGGAUAACUCGCUGUCCCGGACGGAUUCUCAGGAUUUUGGCCGUCCGGGACGACGGGGCGCGACUGUAAGUCUGCCGGAUACGUUAUCCUGCGGGAAGGCGUCGUUCCGGCACCGCUGAACUGGGUGCCAUGUCGCUGGAGCCGCCUCCCCCGGUGUGGUCUGGUGCGUUCUUGUUUUUCUAGUCUCUCCCCGAAUCUACAGUAUUGCAUAUUUUUCACGGGACCUAUGCGUGAUGCUUUGGCAGUGCAUGCGGCAGCCCUGAACUUUUCUCCGCAAAAAUGUCUUUGAAGCGUGAGCAGGGUUCAGACCGUCAUCCACAUUUCUCCAAAGGCUCCCGCGUGGCCCAGAAAUACUAUAAAUCCACGCUAAACUAUAUUGUGGCGCAGGGAUGAGACAAUGACUAGCGUGUGGCGCUGCCGCAGUUGUAUUUUGUCUAUAAGACGAGGGGUGCCCCCCGUGUCAGGAGGAAAAGAUACAAUUCUACUCAAACGCACACCAUAGAGACGCACCACCGAAUUAAGUGCAUUAACAACAAGGUAAGCCGAUCCAGCGUUGCAUUAUGAUCUAUCCUUCUACUAGCUAGUAUAUUCUAAGCUAACUCGCUAUGGUCACAGUUCGCAACUCAUUCGGUGUUAUUAAGAACCUGUUCUCCUUCGCGACUAAGUAUCAAGCAUGGUUUUUUCUGGUACGUGUCGAUAGGGUUGCAUUUCAGCCAAUGGAAGCCAGCUAAUGAUAUCUUAUGAUAGCAUUUAUUUCCGCUUAUGCGAACCCCUUAAGCACAUGCGCUGCGGGAUGCCUUGGCUCUGCGGCAGUCGUCUGGUCAACAAAUAAGAACAACGGGGAUCGAAAGAAGGACAGUGAAGAGCUAAGGAAGAGCAUUGAAGGGAUAAAGGAGGAAAUCGUAACGAUCAAGAAGGACGCCAGAGAACGCCACAGUGAACUCAAGGCAAACAUCAAGGAGCUUGAGUCAAAGUUCAGAGCAGAUCUCUGGUAUGCCCUCGCUAUUUCCUCCCGUUCCCCUCUUGUCCCGUUGAAUUGUCCUGCUAGUUACAGGGGAACGGUGAACAAGUGGGUAGGGGGUACUGAGAAGCGUGAUAUGUCAGAAGCCCAACAAUACGAACCAGUUACAGGUGCCUUAGAGACCACGAAGGGUUGAGGAGAUCUAGAUGGGAGCGGAUCAUAGAUUCCAUUCCUUGCUUGAACCGGUAGCAUGAGGUUUAGUUUCUGUUACAGGCACGUUUUUCUGUAUUCUUAUUUCGGCUGGUCUGGGAGCAGAUAUCAUUAUUAGAGGCUUUUUCUCUCUCAUAAAUAAAGUAUCAUACUACAAAAAAAUUUGAGUCCGUUCUACUAGC